UAGCAAUUCAUUUCAUCAACUCAAUUCAAUUGUUUCCUUUUUUUCAUUAGGGAAGCAAUUAAUAAUGUUUGCUAUCUCUUCUCCCAUCUCUCCCAUCUCCAUCACCACCACUACAAGAACAAGAGCCCCUCGGUUCAGGCUCAAGGCCACCCCCAUCACCGCCGCCUUCUCCGCACCUCCCUCCACUAUGUAUGAACUUCUCUCUAUCCCCCACACCGCCGGACCCGAAGAGAUCCGCGCCGCCUACCGCCGCCAGGCCCUCCGAUGGCACCCCGACGCUUGCCGCUCCUCCGCUGACCAGGGCCGCUACGCCGAGCGUUUCAUGCAGGCGCACGAGGCCUACGAGGUGCUCUCAGACUCCACUCGCCGCCGAAACUACGACCUCUCACUCUCCGGCGACCGCUGGGCCGCUGCCGUCGGCGCCGCCCCCGCCUUCCGCGAGGGCCGAACUCGGAGGCGCGAGGGAGGCGUGACGGCGUUCGGGAACUGGGACGCGCAGCUCGAAGGGCUCUUCCGGCGGUCCGCCGUGACGGAGGCCGGCGGGGAGGAUACAUGGGGCGGCCGCGUGCGCCGGUCGCGACAAGCUGCUUAACGGUUUGGGUUUCGGGGACGAUUGUACGGCUGCGAUUGAGUGAUUUAAGAUCAAAAUCGUGUUUUUGUAAAUGUACGAUUGAGAUCUACGCGAUGCCAGAUUAUGCAUGUAUAAUAAAUAUUAGCCAUAAAAAGAAUUAUUCACAGACAA